AAGUAGGGGGACGCGGCGGGAGCGGAGCCAGGAGCCAUCUGGGAAGCUGCGGCUGCGGCUCACCCAGCCCGGAGCAGCUGCCGGUCUCAGCCAGGCCGUGACUAGGGCGCGCGUGUCGACGAGAUGCCUCUGUUCGCCGCCAACCCCUUCGAGCAGGACGUGGAAAAAGCCACAAAUGAGUACAACACUACAGAGGAUUGGAGUCUUAUUAUGGACAUUUGUGACAAAGUUGGAAGUACUCCUAAUGGAGCAAGAGAUUGCCUAAAAGCCAUAAUGAAAAGGGUAAAUCAUAAGGUCCCUCAUGUUGCUCUGCAGGCAUUAACUCUUCUUGGGGCUUGUGUGGCAAACUGUGGAAAGAUAUUUCAUUUAGAAGUAUGUUCCCGUGAUUUUGCAACAGAAGUACGUGCUGUGAUAAAAAAUAAGGCUCAUCCUAAAGUAUGUGAAAAACUGAAAUCUUUAAUGGUGGAGUGGUCAGAAGAAUUUCAAAAGGAUCCUCAGUUUAGCCUAAUAUCUGCAACUAUUAAAUCUAUGAAAGAAGAAGGAAUUACUUUUCCUCCAGCAGGUUCUCAAACUGUCUCAGUUGCUGCCAAGAAUGGUACAUCAUCAAACAAAAACAAAGAAGAAGAAGACAUAGCUAAAGCUAUUGAAUUGUCGUUGCAAGAACAGAAGCAGCAGCACACAGAAACAAAAUCCUUAUAUCCAUCUGCAGAAGUUCAGUUAAAUAAUAAAGUUGCAAGGAAAGUGAGAGCUUUAUAUGAUUUUGAAGCCGUUGAGGACAAUGAACUCACCUUUAAACAUGGUGAAAUUCUUAUUGUUUUGGAUGACAGUGACGCCAACUGGUGGAAAGGAGAAAAUCACAGAGGAAUAGGACUCUUUCCAUCUAAUUUUGUAACAACUAAUUUAAACAUGGAGUCUGAGGCAGCAGCUGUGGACAAAUUGAAUGUAAUUGAUGAUGAGGAGGAAGAAAUUAAGAAAUCAGAGCCUGAGCCUGUUUAUAUAGAUGAGGGUAAGAUGGAUAGAGCCCUGCAGGUCCUCCAGAGCAUAGAUCCAGCCGAUUCCAAGCCAGACUCCCAAGACCUCUUGGACUUAGAAGAUAUCUGCCAACAGAUGGGUCCAAUUAUAGAUGAAAAACUUGAAGAGAUUGAUAGGAAGCAUUCAGAAUUGUCUGAAUUAAAUGUAAAGGUCUUGGAAGCUCUGGAACUAUAUAACAAAUUGGUGAAUGAAGCACCAGUGUAUUCGGUGUAUUCAAAGGUCCAUCCCCCAGCACAUUACCCACCUUCAUCAGCUGGGCUUCCAGUGCAGACAUACCCAGUUCAAGUGCAUGGUGGAAAUUAUAUGGGUCAAAGCAUUCACCAAGUUACUGUUGCCCAAAGCUACAGCCUAGGACCAGAUCAGAUUGGUCCACUGAGGUCUCUGCCUCCAAAUGUGAACUCCUCAGUGACAACACAGUCUGCUCAAACUCCAUAUUUAAGCACCGGACAAGACACUGUUUCCAAUCCGAUGUAUAUGAACCAGAACUCUGGCCUGCAGUCAGCUGCCGGCACAGCUUACACACAGCAGCUGGGGGUGUCGGUGGAUCUGUCCUACCAGAGCGCCGCGCCCAGCCUGCCGCCCCUGGCGGCCUUCCCGGCGCACGCAGUGGCGCCGCCGCAGACAAGUUACCACCAGCAGCCUCUCCUUUAGAAACACACCAAGCGUUUUCUUAAAGCCUUCUCGUGUGUAUUAUUCGACCGUUACGUUUCUAAUCUGAAAAUACUGAAGGAAAAAAUGUUUUUUCUGAACUCAAAAGGACAAACCAUGAAUAAAGCACAAAAACUUAUCUUACUCUACUAGGCCAUAAAAGGGUUUUUUUCAGUCCAGUGUGCUUGAAGUCAAACUUUUGAACAGGCAGCUUCUAGUUGCUUCCAUUAGUUUUGUCUUAACUUUGAAUUUCUCUACACAAAUCUGGACACCCAGUAAGUAGCCUUAUGACACUAAACAGCAUGAAAUAGGACUUUAAAUUUUAUAAAGAAAUCGUUUGCCCCUAAAGCGUCAUGUUAAUUGGGAGAGCAUUGAAAACCUUUAAAUAUAUUUUGUUUGCAUAUUUUUUUCAGUUUCCCACACACCAUUAUUUUAAAAGGUGAACAUCUUACUGUGCAAGCAUUUAGCUUGCCAACAUACUUCCUUUUGGCUCCUUAAAUUGCAGUUGUAUUUGCAAUACUGUCAGUUUUGCUCUCAGUGUUGUGUUGAGUAAUAAUUAGCAUAUAAUUGCAGAAGAAGAGCAAUUUGGAAGGAACAGAAAUGUUUUCUGUUAUUAGAAGUGAAGACCAUGUAAAUGCAGAUGUGUGAUAAGGCAUUUAGCUAGGCCCCCAGUUGUGCCAGCAGUGGGCCACAGAACGCCCCAGAAAACAUUUCCAUUCCCUGGAGGACAGCAUUUCUUUUCCUGCAAGCGUUCCUGGUAUUUAGAAUUACCACUGUUCAGACUUUUCCAUGAGGGCCAUUCUGUGAUGAAGGUGGGGUUCGUUUGUUUUCCUCCACGCAGCAAGGCGAGCAGAGAUCCUGCAUCUCCUGCUCACCAUGAUGUGAAUUUGAGCCAUGAGACAUUCCUCAUAGUUGGGUGUGAUGUAUGCCAAGCAUGGAUGAUAAGUGUGUUUUUAUCGAUAUGUUGCUUUUUGGGGGGUUAAUCCUCACCUGAGGAUACUUUUUGCAUUGACUUUUUAUUAUUUUUAUUAUUUUAUU